AAAGGCUGGAUGUAGAGACUGCUGGAGGAGCGCGUACUUUAACUCGGAACAGAAAGAGAUUCAGAAAGCAGCAACUGGUCCAACAAGUGCUCAGCAGACAGGAAACACAAGUUAAACACAGAAGAAGAAGAAGUGAUGGAGCACUCCAAACAGACCCAGUUCGGCUCCAGCGACAAGAAGGACGCCGGGACCAGCUCCGUGGUGAACGGACACUGUGACGGGAUGGUGAAGCGGCCGGCCGGCGGACCCUCCCAGCCUCCCGCCGCGGAGUCCGGCUCUCAGCGGCCGGUGAUGGAGAGCUGGCGGGAGGAUCGCACCAGGAGCGUGGAGGACAACGAAAUAAGCCUGCCGUCCCUGGCCGCCGCUUACACCACCAUCCUGCGGGGGCUCGGGGAUGACCCCCAGCGGCAGGGGCUCCUCAAGACCCCCUGGAGAGCGGCCACCGCCAUGCAGUUCUUCACCAAGGGCUACCAGGAGAAACUCAUCGCAGACGUGCUGAACGACGCCAUCUUCGACGAGGACCACGACGAGAUGGUGAUCGUCAAAGACAUCGACAUGUUCUCCAUGUGUGAACAUCACCUGGUGCCCAUCUUUGGAAGGGUUCACAUCGGUUACCUUCCCAACAAGAGAGUUCUGGGCCUCAGUAAGCUGGCCAGGAUUGUUGAAAUCUACAGCCGUCGACUACAAGUUCAGGAGAGGUUGACCAAACAGAUAGCCGUGGCGAUCACAGAGGCCCUGCAGCCCACCGGGGUGGGGGUGGUCAUCGAGGCAACUCACAUGUGUAUGGUGAUGCGAGGCGUUCAGAAGAUGAACAGUAAAACCAUCACCAGCACCAUGUUGGGAGUCUUCAGGGAAGAUCCGAAAACCCGCGAUGAGUUUCUGACGCUGAUCAGGAGCUGAGGACGAAGAAGCUCUUCUUCAUCCCCCUGUUGCCUGGGGUUACCUCCACCUGCACGGGCUACCUGUGUGUGUGUGUGUGUGUGUGUGUGUGUGUGUGUGUGUGUGUGUGUGUGUGUGUGUGUGUGUGUGUGUGUGUGUGUGUGUGUGUGUGUGUGUGUGUGUGUGUGUGUGUGUUUCCAUCUCACCAACAGCAGAGACAAGAUUCCACUCCUGACUGUUUUCCAUCCAACUCUUUGUAUCGGUCAGAUAAGGUGAAGCGUUACCGUGGUGAUUUCUAUGUUGGAGGCCACAGAUUAACAUGUUGUUUACUUUUUAGGACAAAAGGACAAACUUGCCCCCUCUUUGGUCUGUGUGAGGUUUUUUGUUUUCCUGGAAAUACAGGGGACAGUUUGAAAAGAAGACUGUUUGAAAUCCCUUUACAUAGUAGUGUAAAGUAUCCUCACUGUGAGACAUAUUCACCAAACAUCAUGAGGCCAAAAGUAGCUCAUACCUGUCCAAGUUAGACAAAAGACAACAACACUUUAAAAUAAUGUACUUUUUUGGUCUGAGAUGAAUUCAGAAAACAUGUUUGGCUGAGGGAAGCUUUGUGAGAGAUGAUGUGUCUCCCAAAUACAUGAAUAUUAGAGGAUUAAAAGCAGUGUUUACUAUUGGAGGAUUACAUAUAGAAAACAGUUUGCAACAUUGAUGAACACAAUGGUUCAUCACAGUAUGCAUGUGUUGGACAUCGCUGGAUUACCUGCAGUAAAACAUCUGCAUCUGAGAGAAAAAGCAGUAUUCUCAUUUUUCACAUUACGUUUUUAAAUAAAUUCUAAAUAACAUGACGGUCCUGCGCGGACCAGCCUGUAUGUGCCAACUCGCCUCUUUAUGAAUACUCACCGUCUCAAAGCAAACUGAAACAUUUUGAAUUUCUCAAGAGGCAAAUUAAAUGUGUGUGUGUGUUGUUUAGUGACUUUGUUUUUUCACGUGUAGCAUUUGAUUGCGUAAUGAUGUCCCCAGACUAAUUUUGGAAGGUUUUAUUUCGUGAAAUGUGGCGACUGGAGUUAAGUGUGUGUGUGUGUGUGUGUGUGUGUGUGUGUGUGUCUGUGUUUUCAAGGAGAGAUGAGCCCUAAGAGUCGGCUCUGAUGAUGUUGUUGUUUUUGUGGCCUUGUUGAGAAGGGCGGCCUUCACCAUCAGUGUCACUUUCUGUACUUUGUUCAUUCCAGAUUUUUAAUCAAAGAAAAUAAAUCUUUAUGUGACAGCAA